CACAACGAAAGCAACUACCACAAAAACAAUACCACAAAAACCACCACCAGAACCAGUACCAGACCCAGAACCACCCCAUCCAAGAAUCAUGACAUCCCCCCAAGAAAAAGAAGAGAAAACCCUCUUCAUCCUAGGCGGAAGCGGCUACAUCGGCACGCAAAUCCUCGCCCAAGCACAACUCCCACCAUUCAACUACGCCCACAUCCGGGCCCUCUCCCGCACCCCAGAAACCGACACGCACCUGCUCUCCCACGGCGCAACCCCAAUCCGGGGCGACCUCACGUCGCUGGACACAAUAACCACCGAAGCCCGCGGCGCCGACGCCGUCAUCAUGCUCGCAACAGCGUACAUCUUCGGCGUGACGCCCUCCUACGACGACGUAAUGUCCACAGACCAAUCCGCGCUCUCAGCCAUCGGCGCCGCGCUCUCCGGCACAGCCAAACCCCUCGCCAUCGCCUCAGGCACGCUCCUCGCUGCCCCCAGCCCCACUGGCGAAGAGACAACGGAGGAGAGUCCCCUGGACCCGUCCCCCAUUAACACGCGCGGCAAGACGGAUGCGUUUGCACUUGCUCUUGGACAGAAACUCAAAUUCCCGGUGGUCAGUAUCCGGCUUGCGCCGUAUGUCUAUGGACGGGGCGGGAGCGGGAUCGGACUGUUUAUGGCUCAAGCGGAGAAGGAAGGGCGGGUUGUCACGGUGAACGGGGGCGGGAAUCGGACGACGGUUGUGCAUGUUGAUGAUGCUGCUCACUUAUUUCUUCUCGCUGUCGAGAGACAUAGGAAGGAGGGGGGAGGAGGAGGGGAGGUGUAUAAUGCUAGUGCGGACACCACUGUGACCGCGGGGCAGAUCUUCGGGGCUGUCGCGGGUGUGCUGCGCGUGCCGGUUGCGGAUGUCUCUGGUGCGGAGGCGCGCGCCGCCGGGAUGGACGAGACGGUGCUGCGGUUCCUUACGGCUGAGAACCGCGCGUCCGGCGACAAGGCGCGCCGCGUGCUGGGGUGGAGGCCUUCUGGGCCGGGCAUCCUGCGGGAUAUCUCCCAGGGGUCGUACUGUCGGGGUGGGACCGGGUGGAGGGGCGAGAAUUAG